AUGGCGUCCCGCGACCUCGCCGAGAGCCUCCUCCCCGGCGGCGGGGGUGGAGCCUCCACCUCACCCGACGAAUACGAGGAGCGCGCGUACGACUCCGACGACAAGAUCUCCAUCGCCAUCUCGGAUUCCGACGGCGAAAACGACGGCGCGCCGGCGUCGCGCCCACCCUUCUCGUGGCGGAAGCUCUGGCGCUUCACGGGCCCGGGUUUCCUCAUGUGCAUCGCGUUCCUGGACCCGGGCAACAUGGAGGGAAACCUGCAGGCGGGCGCCGCCGCGGGGUACCAGCUGCUGUGGCUGCUCAUGUGGGCGACGGUCAUGGGCGCGCUGAUGCAGCUGCUCUCCGCGCGGCUCGGCGUGGCCACGGGGAAGCACCUCGCAGAGCUCUGCCGCGAGGAGUACCCGACCUGGGCCACGCGCGCGCUCUGGGCCAUGACGGAGCUGGCGCUCGUCGGCGCCGACAUACAGGAGGUGAUUGGCAGCGCGAUUGCCAUCAAGAUCCUCUCGGGGGCACCGUGCCGCUCUGGGGUGGCGUCGUCAUCACCGCGCUCGAUUGCUUCUGGAGAUGCUAAUGUGCUGCUCGCUGAUCGAAUUAGCUUCAUCUUUCUCUUCCUGGAGAAUUUUGGCGUGAGGAAACUGGAGGCAUUUUUCGCUGUAUUGAUUGCAACUAUGGCUGUUUCAUUUGCGGUUAUGUUUGGUGAAACAAAGCCUAGUGGCAAGGAACUUCUGAUCGGUUUGGUGGUUCCAAAAUUGAGCUCAAAGACAAUUAAGCAAGCGGUUGGAAUUGUGGGCUGCAUCAUCAUGCCUCACAAUGUUUUCUUGCAUUCAGCACUAGUGCAGUCCAGGAAGAUUGACAAAAACAAGAAAUCUCGUGUUGAAGAAGCAGUUUACUACUACAACAUUGAGUCAAUUCUUGCACUCAUUGUGUCCUUCUUUAUUAACAUCUGUGUCACAACAGUUUUUGCCAAAGGAUUUUAUGGGUCUAAACAGGCUGACAAUAUAGGUCUUGAGAAUGCUGGGCAGUACUUACAGGAAAAAUAUGGAACUGCAUUCUUUCCCAUCCUCUAUAUCUGGGCUAUUGGUUUGUUAGCAUCUGGGCAGAGUAGCACAGUUACUGGCACAUACGCAGGACAAUUUGUUAUGGGAGGUUUCCUUAAUCUUCGAUUGAAGAAGUGGCUACGAGCAAUGAUUACUCGAAGUUUUGCCAUUAUUCCAACUAUGAUUGUGACUUUAUUUUUCGAUACUGAAGAUCCUACUAUGGAUAUUCUGAAUGAAGCACUCAAUGUUCUUCAAUCCAUACAGAUUCCAUUUGCUCUAAUUCCUCUCAUCACCCUCGUUUCAAAGGAGCAAAUCAUGGGGUCGUUCGUAAUCGGUCCCAUCACCAAAGUGAUUAGCUGGAUUGUUACGGUAUUUCUGAUGCUUAUCAAUGGGUAUCUUAUACUGUCUUUCUACAUUACUGAUGUCCGGGGUGCAUUUCUUCGCUCAAGCUUGAGCCCAAUGCAUAUUCCGCUGCAGCUUGAAUGGAAUGUCGUGCAAUAUAUGAACGAGCUGUACUUUGUGAUCUACCUUAAGGUAAUACUGUUCAUAUCGGACGGGCUGCUCACGCUGUUCGGUAACAGUUUAUUUUCCGGGAUGAUACUGUUCACGGAAUCCGUCACUGUUUAUAUCGGGCGGGUUCUUGCUCCGGUAACAGUGUUUACGUGA